CUUGCUCUCCGGCCGGAACCACACCUCCACCCAAAAUUGUCUUCCCUCCCGUCUCUUUUAUAAGGUUCCCACACUCUCUCCUAAACGCCUCUGCCAUCCGUCGCUGCCCACCAAACUCCUCGGAGAGUGAGAGCCCAUGGCCCGCCUCUCACCGUCGCCUUCCGGCUCCAGCCGCCGUCUGUCGGAGCUCCUGGAGGAGCAGCAGGAGCCAUUCUUCCUCGACCUCUACCUCCUCGCCAAGGGCUGCUCCCCCACGCUCCUGGACUCCUCCGCCGGCGCUUCCUCCUCAACUUGCUGGCCCAGGAGCAGCCGCACCUCGCAGGCCCUGAAGAAUUCCAAGAAGACGCCUGCCAGCGGCGUCCUCAGGCUCCUCAUCUCCAAGAUCCUAAUUCUCCGCGGCACGACGGCGGCGGCGGCUCCAAGAAAGAAGAAGCUGCAAUUCGACGGCGGCAAGACGCCGAGUAAAUUAAAGCAAGCCGUCGAAGUAAACAUGGAUGAAGCAGAGGAGGAAGAAGACGACGACGACGACUCGUCGAAGCAGCUCAGCCCGGUCUCUGUCUUGGAGCCGAGGACUUUCGAGUUCGAGCAGCAGGCGCCGCCGGCGUACGCAAAGAAAGCCAUCGUUAUCUUCAGGGAGCUCCUGGAACAUGCGGCGGCAAACAAGCAGCCUGCACGCCAGCCACCCAAAUCCAAAAAUGGCCUCAUGGACACAAAAACAGCGGCAGCCCCGGCGCCGGCGCCGACGAGGACGACUGGCCGUGCAGCCAGCGCUGUACAAUUGGAGGAGAUGUUUGAGGCAGAGCUUGCCAAGGCGCACGAGUUCAUAGCGGCGGACAUGGCCGGGGCGAUGGCAAGGCUGCGGGACGACGUGCGGUCGGAGCGACGGGAAGUCGCCGCCGAGCUUGCGGCCGCCGUGCUCGAGGCGAUGACGGAGGAGAUAGCGGCAGAGAUAUUGGGGAUGGACCAUGAAUCCGAUGAUGGUGCCGUUGAAGAUCGAAAGCGGUGUUUGGUGAUGAAAUGCUGAUGGACUGGUGCUUCUUGACGAUACUGAUAUACUUUUGGUUGUUUCUUGGGUGAUGGAUGUAACUGAUGUGUAUUACUAUAUGGUUGAUCGAUGCUGGUCUUAAGGUUAUCAUGUUUAAGAUCAGUUGCUAAAAUUAAUGUAAAUAAGGAUUAGUUGCUAGCAGGCCCUUGUUUUGAUGAUCUCAAGUCAAGACUAAAAAGAGUUCUUCGCACAAA